AUGGAAUAUUCGUGCAUUGGAUUAAAUAAUUUACCUGAUGAAAUUCUUCUUCAUAUUUUUCAAAAUUUGAACAAUAUUGAAGUACUAUAUUCUUUCCAUGGUGUCAAUCAACGACUAAACCAAAUCGCUCAUGAUCGAAGUUUUACAACUCAGCUGACUUUUGCCAAAUGGUCAUCAAAUCAUUUUUUCGAUCUAUUUUCUUCUGAUAUGAUGCUUAAUCGAUUUUGUUUACAAAUUUUACCUUCGAUUCAUGAGAACAUUCAACGACUUGAUCUUGAUUCAUCAUCUAUGGAAGAUGUUUUACGUGUUGCUAAUUAUCCUAAUUUACACACUCUCGGUCUUUAUAAUAUUGAUGAAAAGUCAGCUGAAUGUCUUACUGAUAAAACUCUUUCGAGUAUUUUCAAAAAACAGAUAAGAACACUUUUUAUUACAAUAUAUAAUAAUGAUGAUGAUCAUAAAGCAAUGACACUAUCAGUGGCCAAGAUAUGUGAUAAAAUCUUCAAUGUUUUCACUGGUCUAACUACAUUUGUAUUAAAUGAAUCAUGGUAUAAAACUCGUGUUCAAUUAACUUUUGACAAUCCAUUUUUUCCUAAUAUUCGUUGUUCAACUCUUUUGAAAUUAAUUAUCAGAGUAGAAAUCUUUGAUGAUUGUCUUUAUCUUCUCGAUGGUCGUUAUGAUCAACUUCAUACAUUCCAUGUCGAUUUGGUUAAAAUUUCAUUUCCAGAUGGUUCUAUAAAUCAAGAUCAUUUACCAAAUCUAAAGUGUUUUUCUCUUUCCUGUAAAAGGGAAACAUUCGAUUAUGAAAUAGCAGUGCUACCACUUCUCUAUCGAAUGUCAAAUCUAGAAGAACUCGAUUUAUGUCUUAAGGUGUGUGGUUCGAACACAUUGAUUGAUGGAAAACAUUUAAAGACAAAAAUUCUCAAACACAUGCCACGAUUAAAUCAAUUUACAUUUUUUAUUCAAUCAUUCAAUUAUAUUCGUAAUGGAAUGAGUAUUCCAUCGACAGAAGAUAUUCAAAAGACAUUCAUUGACUUUCCAAAUAAUAAUAUCAUUUCUCAUGUGGAUUUUUUUCCAAAUUUUGAACGAAGUCAAUGUCACAUUUACUCUUAUCCAUUUCUCAUGCGAUAUUAUACGGGUAUUUCAAAUAGUUUUCCAGGUGGAUUAUUUGAACAUGUUCGUGCAGUAUCAUUAUAUGAUGAACGUCCUUUUGAACAUGAAUUCUUUCUUCGAAUUCAAAAGUCAUUUCCAUUUAUGAAAGAAUUAUCUUUAGUUAAUCGUACAGCACAAAACCGAAAGCAAUCUAAUCAAUCGAACAGCCAUAAUCAAAAUUCAUCACUUAUUAAAUACACUUCUCUAUGCAAACUUUCUAUUGUGGGUGUUCAUGAUGAUUACGUCGAAGAAUUUCUUCUUGAUACCAAAACGUAUUUCCAAAAUAAUCUUAUUCUUUUGGUCAAUUAUGAAUGUUUAGAACGAGUAACACAUGAUUUCAGUAGAGAUGCUACUCGAACUAAUUGUGGUAAAAUAAGUAAAUUAUAUUUCCAGGGUCGAAAACAACGUUGGCAUUCUUUAAAAAACUAUUUUCCUUAUGCAAAAAAAUGUUAUUUAUCAGAGUGA